AUGUUAAGUAUUACUUGGAGAUUGAGAACGAGGGGGGUGGAUAAACGAAUCAACAAACUUGAAGAUAACUUGGAGAAGCUAAAAAGAGGUGUACUUAAUGUUUCUAAAGUCGCAAGUUGCCAAGUAGGGGGCGUCAUUGAAGAUGCUGAAAAAGAACCACGAGAUGAAUCACUUGAUAAUUCAUGUCUUCUUGCGGUUGAAUUUGCAGCAAAUAUAGUUGCUAAAGGAACCAUAAUGAAGUAUAGUGCGUCGGGGAAAAGUGGUGGGAAAACCUGUGAUGUGGACGAAGGGGAUGAUAUGGAAGAAGGGAAUGGAAUAGAAAAGAAGAUUAAAAAGAAGGAGAAACAAAUUAUGACCUUGAAAAGAAGGUGGACCAUAACACAGAGGAUUUAG